CUCGGAAGCCGUUAAACGCAGAAAAAAGGACGCGAAGCUGAAGUUGACCGUUCUGGAUCCAGCUUCACUUCCAUUCCACUCUCUCACUCCUCCAAAGCUCCGCUCACUUUCGCCAUGGCUCCUCCAAAGCGUCACCCCACCGUUCUUCUACUAUGCGGCGAUUACGUGGAAGAUUCCGAGGCCAUGGUUCCUUUUCAAGCUCUACAAGCUUUCGGAAUCACAGUUCAUGCCGUCUGUCCAGGCAAGAAGGCCGGCGAGUUUUGCCGAACUGCCGUCCAUGAGCUCGGUAGUCAUCAGGUUCCCUUCCCCACGACCUCUCUCGCUCCUUUCUUAUUGUUUAAUAGCUUGCUAUUGUUGCUAUUGGGGAUAUCUUGUGUUGAUUGCAAGAGCAGCGCCUGCAACGCAAUAAGCAAUUGGUUGAAACAAGCAGUAUUUUUUAGGUUCCCACCGUUCAUUUCGUUAUUGCAGACCUAUACAGAGUCCCGUGGUCAUAAUUUCACUCUAAAUGCCACAUUCGGAGAAAUUGAUUAUGGAAAGUAUGAUGGGCUUGUCUUACCUGGUGGACGUGCUCCAGAAUAUCUGGCAAUGGACCAAACUGUGUUAGACUGUGUGAGGAAGUUCUCAGAGUCUGGAAAACCAAUUGCCUCUAUAUGCCAUGGACAAUUGAUCUUGGCAUCUGCAGACAUUGUAAAGGGUCGAAAAUGUACCGCAUUUCCUGCUGUGAAGCCAGUGUUGCUUGCCGCUGGUGCAGAAUGGGUUGAGCCUCAAACCAUGGCGACUUGUGUUGUUGAUGGGAAUAUCAUUACAGGGCCAACAUAUGCUGGACAUCCAGAAUUUAUCAACCAUUUGGUUAGAGAACUUGGAGGUGCAAUAACUGGUGCUGAUAAAAAGAUCUUGUUUUUGUGUGGGGAUUUUAUGGAAGAUUAUGAGGUGAUUGUUCCUUUUCAAUCUCUUCAAGCUCUUGGGUGCCACGUUGAUGCAGUUUGUCCUGACAAGAAAGCUGGGGAUACAUGCCCUACUGCCAUCCACGAUUUUGAAGGCGACCAGACUUACAGUGAGAAGCCUGGCCAUACUUUCACUCUAACAGCCUCGUAUGAUGCGGUAGAUGCCUCGAGUUAUGAUGCGCUUGUCAUCCCUGGUGGUCGAGCUCCGGAAUAUUUGGCACUAGAUGAGACUGUGAUUGACUUGGUGAAGAAGUUCAUGGAAUCUAAGAAACCGGUUGCCUCCAUCUGCCAUGGACAACAGAUCUUGGCUGCUGCAGGUGUUUUGAAGGGAAGAAAGUGCACGGCUUACCCAGCUGUUAAGCUCAAUGUCGUGCUGGCUGGAGCGGAGUGGCUGGAACCUGAUCCAAUUGAUCGAUGCUACACUGAUGGUAACUUGAUUACUGGAGCGGCGUGGCCAGGUCACCCAGAAUUCAUCUCCCAGCUGAUGGCAUUGCUUGGUAUCCGUGUUUCAUUCUAGUUGAGGUUCGCAUAUGUAUCAUGUAUCCGGCGGACCUUGAUGUCUGUUGAUGCCCAAGUGUAACUUGAGAGAAAGCCAUCACUGACCUGUUGUUUCAGUAUACUAUCCCUUGUCUGCUGUUUUUUCUCUCCCCUUUUUCACCCAGUACUUGAAGGAAGACGUUAACUAUCUCUGGUGUGACUUUAUUGCAAAUGAUGCCCAAAACUAGACAGAAUGCUACGCAGUUUCUCCGGUAAAGCUGGUUAUCACAACAAUAUGGCAGAGAAUCGACACCCUCCGGACAAAACUCAUGAAGUUGAAAAUGAACGCGAAGUGUUUGAUAAAUUACUUGCAAAUCGACUGGCAACGGUUCUUCCACUAGUUAUAUGUAAAGCUCAGUCAGCAUUUGUCAAAGAUCGUUUAAUAAGUGAUAAUAUCUUAAUGGCUUCAGAACUAGUCAAGGACCAUCAUAAAAAGAACAUUUUUUUCGAGAUGUGUGUUAAAAAUCGAUCUUAUAAAGGCGUUUGAUUUUGUGGACUGGGAUUUUUUGUUCAAGGU